GCUGGGACACAGGAAGUGAAGUUAGCUGAAGUUAAAACAGGAACCCAGAACACACGGAAGGCUAGAAGCUGCUACUAGCAUCAGGUGCUGAGGCAAAAAGCAGCAAGUUUGCCAGCAGGAGCUGGUGGGCCUUUUAAGAUGUGGAAAGCGGUCGUGGGACAUGAUGUGUCGGUGAAGGUUGAGGCUCAGGGAGACGACUGGGACACUGACCCCGAUUUUGUGAACGACAUCUCCGAGAAGGAGCAGCGCUGGGGGGCCAAGACCAUCGCGGGCUCUGGACGCACCGAGCACAUCGACAUCCACCAGCUGAGGAACAAGGUGUCAGAGGAACACGAAGUCAUCAAGAAGAAGGAGUUGGAGACUGGCCCCAAGGCCUCCUAUGGCUAUGGGGGCAAAUUUGGAACAGAGCAGGACCGAAUGGAUAAGUGCGCUGUGGGCCAUGAGUAUGUCGCUGAUGUUGGGAAGCAUUCCUCACAGACAGAUGCAGCCCAGGGCUUUGGUGGGAAGUUUGGAAUCCAGCGGGACCGAACUGAUAAGUCAGCAGUGGGUUUUGAAUACAAGGGUGAGGUGGAGAAACACGCGUCCCAGAAAGAUUACUCCAAGGGUUUUGGCGGCCGUUAUGGUGUGGAGAAGGACAAGGUGGACAAAGCAGCAGUGGGGUUCGACUACAAGAGCCAGGUGGAGAAGCAUGACUCUCAGAAAGACUAUUCUGCGGGCUUUGGUGGGAAGUUUGGGGUCCAGAGGGAUCGACAGGACAAGAGUGCUCUUGGCUGGGACCAUCAGGAGGAAGUGCAACCCCAUGCAUCCCAAACAGACUAUGCCAAAGGAUUUGGAGGCCGCUAUGGGGUCCAGAAGGACAGGGUAGAUAAGAGUGCUGCUGGCUUUAAUGAGAUGGCAAGUCCAACUUCCUCAUAUGAGAAAACAAGACCAGUGGAGGCAGCAGCUUCCAGCAGCACCAGCAGCCUGCGGUCGAGAUUUGAAAAUCUGGCUAAAUUGGCAGACGAGGAGAGCAAAAGGCAGGCAGAAGAAGACCGGGUGAGGCGUCAAGCUCAGGAGCACCAGGCAGCUCGGCAGAAGCAGGAAAUCCCACAGAGAGAGAAGGACCACAGAGAGGCAGUUCCUGCCACUGUGACAGCAAGGAUCCCUGGGAGAGCUGUCCACGACAAGCCUUUGUCACAAGGCGAGCAGAAGGCAAAAGGGGAGGAUGAGGAAACACCCCCCACUUUGCCACCAAGGCCAGCAGAUCUGGGUGAAGAGCAGUGUAAGUUUCCCAGCCAGGAUCAGCCCAUCUACAGUGAGAGUCUGGAUGUCAGUGGAGACUAUGAGGAGCUGCUAGAGCACUCUGAAUACUGUGAUGGUAUCAGUGCAAGUGCUGACUAUGAGGAACUGCCAGCACCCUUGGGAAAGCCAGAUGCUGUCAUCAACCAUGGAGGAGAUGGAGGUGAGGACUAUGAGGAGAUCCUUCCUGAGGAGUCCAGCCAGCCCUGUGUGGGGGAAACGGACAAUGUUUAUGAGGUGGAAAGCCCUGGGACCUGUGCCGUGGCUCUCUAUGAUUACCAAGGAGAUGGAGAUGAUGAAAUUUCUUUUGAUCCCGAUGACACAAUCACACACAUCGAGAUGGUAGAUGAAGGCUGGUGGCGGGGUCAGUGCCGGGGCAAAGUAGGCCUCUUCCCAGCAAAUUAUGUGAAACUUCUGCAGUGAGACCAGCAUUGUCCAAGCUGCCUUAUUCCAAACUUGUGCCUCUGUCUGCUUCAGCCUUCUACAUAUUGUUAGCUUAAUUUGGCUCAGCCUGGCAUGUCUACAUGCAAGAAGUACCAGUGAGCAAACUGGCAGUUUCUGACAAAAUAUUUGGCCUGUGCCCAAGAUGGAUACUGAAUCACAGUAAGGCCAAGGUUGGAAGGGACCUCUGAAGAUCAUCUAGUCCAACCCCCCU